GGCAAGCGGCGGAGUGGGCAUGCGCGGUGAGUGAAGCGGCGGCAAGCGGCGGACGAUGAAGUGCUUGUCGGUUCUUCUCAGCGCCAUCAACAGACGGACCAUGAAGCUGAUGAUCGUGCUCGCACUGCUCUCCUACGUCGUCUCUUUAUGGGGAAACUUUGUCACAAUGAGAUCUCUGCAAGAAGAAAGUGAACAAAAGAUUGAGAGAAAAAUAGAGGAGGCCUUGAUACCCUUGAAGGAAAAAAUUAGAGAAAUUGAAACAAGUUUUUAUGUUUCCAACAGUAUGUCACAGAAGUAUCCACCCGUAAAAUUCCUUUCUGAAAAGGAUCGUAAAAGAAUUCUAAUAACUGGAGGUGCUGGAUUUGUUGGCUCCCAUCUUGCUGAUAAACUCAUGAUGGAUGGCCAUGAAAUAACUGUUGUAGACAACUUUUUCACGGGGCGGAAAAGGAACGUCGAACAUUGGAUUGGUCAUGAAAACUUUGAAUUAAUCAACCAUGAUGUGGUAGAACCUUUAUAUAUUGAAGUGGAUCAGAUCUAUCACCUGGCUUCACCAGCAUCUCCUCCAAAUUAUAUGUAUAAUCCAAUCAAGACAUUGAAGACCAAUACAAUUGGGACAUUAAACAUGUUGGGCCUGGCAAAACGUGUUGGUGCACGCCUCCUAUUGGCUUCUACAUCUGAGGUAUAUGGAGAUCCAGAGGUUCAUCCGCAACGUGAAGAUUAUUGGGGUCAUGUAAACCCUAUUGGACCAAGAGCCUGUUAUGAUGAGGGCAAAAGAGUAGCUGAAACUAUGUGUUAUGCUUACAUGAAGCAGGAAGGAGUUGAAGUUCGGGUUGCCCGAAUCUUCAACACAUAUGGACCUCGCAUGCAUAUGAAUGAUGGCAGAGUAGUGAGUAACUUUGUUCUACAGGCUCUCCAAGGAGAAGGUCUGACUGUUUAUGGCUCAGGCUCUCAAACAAGGUCUUUCCAGUAUGUGAGUGAUCUUGUGAAUGGAUUAGUUGCUUUGAUGAACAGCAAUGUCAGUAGUCCUGUUAAUGUGGGAAAUCCAGAAGAACACACUAUUCUGGAAUUUGCCAAGUUAAUUCGGAGCCUUGUUGGGAGCAGAAGUGAAAUCCUGUCACUCCCAGAAGCACAAGAUGAUCCCCAACGAAGAAAUCCAGAUAUUAAAAAAGCCAAGCAAUUGCUCGGAUGGGAGCCUGUGGUUCCCCUGGAAGAAGGCCUAAACAAAACAAUUGACUACUUCCGUAAAGAACUAGAAUAUCAGGAAAAUAAUCAAUAUAUCCCAAAACCCAAACCUGCUAAAACAAAGAAAGGCAGACUGAGACACAAUUAAUGCACUGGUGGAAAUUGAGCCAUCGACACCCCAGGGAAGAGAAAGAAAAUUUCGCAAUUCAAGAACCUCUGAAAAAUCAUUAAAACUGAACUGGAAUUUGUAGUUUGAGCUUGCUUCUGCAGAUGGAUGUGCCUAAAAAAACUUCAGAUCUUGCCUUGCACUUUUUAAUCUAUUUUAUUUAAAGUGGCAUUGCAUUGUUGGGUAGCUUUUUUUUUAAUGUACUUGGUUUAUUAUAUUUGUCUGAACUAUUUUUAAUUGGUGUGAAGGAUUUCCUCAUGGGUUAUUUCACAUGAACAAACCUGUUAAGAGUAGGUUUAUUUAUAAAAAGGGGUAUUUUAUUUUUUACCAUAAUUGUGUGCAAUGAUUUUCAACCAAACUAACAGUCUGUUCAGGUGACAUCAGAUUGUUGCUCUGGCAUCUAAGUGUUUCCUCACGCACAAAGGUUUGUUUGUUCAUUUUUAACAGUUGUAAAAAUGUACUAAUAUUGAGGAAUAUAUUUCUUUUUGUAAAAUAUGUAUGUUAUAUAAGAGUUUAAAAAUAAAGUAGUUGUCUCAAUCACUGCUACAUUGUGUGUGUUUGGAGGGAGAAGUGUGUGACUGGAUAAAUGUAUUUUAAGUGUUGAUUUAAUAAUGUUGUGGUAGGGUAUCAUAUUUAAACUAUUUUUACAUUGUGUAGCAUUGCAUUAAAAGGUUGUAAUUUGUAUGUCUUGUUUGGUGAUAUGUUUAUAGCUCUUAAAAGUUGUUAAAAUCAAAUAUGCCCAUUUACUUUAGCUGAAAGUUUCCCAUUUUAAAUGAAAAUUAAAAGCUCUUUGGUGAUUGUUGUCAUUCUUAUUUAAUUCUUCCCAAAUAAAAUGGGAAGGAAUGGCCUGGUCUAAGAUUUACAACAAAGUAGAUGUUGAGGACACCUUUCUAUGGAGCGCUCUACUUCCUUAAUUGGUUUAUAAUGUUAACAGUAGCUUGACUGAUCUACCUGAAGAUCCGUUUUUACACUGUGCCUUUCAUAUUCCUCGGGGCAAGUCUGUUUAUUCUAGUUCUCAUUGCCAGGGAAAGUGGUCUGACGGAUUCUGAAUCAUCGGAGAAGCUGGAUUUGCUGACUCGUGCUUAUAGGCACGUAUUUUGUAAACCGUACUUUUUGGUCGCCCUUGAUGUUCAGUUAUGCAGAACGCAUUCCCUCCUUUUUAUUUCAUAUCCCAAUCACAAUGGCAAUGUUCUAAAUGGAUAAAAGGAUUAGUUAUGCCAAAUCAUGUGUUGCGGCAUCCUUGAGAUUUUUGUGGCUGAAUCGUCUUUCACUCUGUACUGUUAUAAGAACAGGUAUCCAUUCAGCCACUCCAGCCUAUUCUAUUAUUUAAUUAGUGUAACUAAUCCAUGUCUGUCAUUGUUUCGCAUCCCUUGCAAACCCUGCACCUUUUAAAAAAAAAUCUGUCUUGAAUUUCAUUUUGCCAUGGUCUUUCAAGAGUCAAACAUUUUGUGUGUGAAAAAUACCUCUUAUUUUCCCAUAUGGUUUAGCUCUAAUUUUCUGGAUUCUAGUUCCACCCCAAUCAGCAGAAGGAUUCAGUUAUACCUCCUGUACUAAUUUGCAUUGGUAUGUAAUGGACACAAAUUCAGCUAGUUCAUGGCAAAUAGUUUUGCAACUUCUUUAAACAUUCUGAACAAGCUUGUCCUUUCCUAUAUUAUAUCAAUUUAUAUUUCAUCUGCAACCUGUAUCUCCCAUCUAUACAACUAAUUGCACCUCCCAACUUAAGUUAUUUAAAUUGUGUUCCGGGAGAGGGAGGAUAUGAGACGCUCGGUGCUAGUCCUUUGAAACAUUUUUCCUUUCCAGAUCGUGACAGUAUGUUCUAAUUGUACUGUAUUUUUAUCCCAGAAUGAUUAUUGGCCCAUGUCACGGGAUUAUGUGUGAACCUUGCAAUCAAGUGUAUUAUUUUCCAAUACCAUUUAUAGAUAGGAUUUCUGAAUAUCCAAAGCACAUCAUGUAUUCAGCUAAUCUGAAAUUUCCUCCAGGUUAGUCAGUAUGACAGGCUCUUCGUUAAUAUAUGCUAACUCAGUUAUAACUUGUAACACGGCUUAAUCUAUCUAAUAAAUGCGGUAUUCCCCCCUCACACCCUGCAUAAUUCAUGUAAAAACUGAUAAGCUUUUGUUUUCUAAUCUAAAGGUGUGAUUCUUUAACCUGGGUAACCUUGGAAAAUAAUGACUAAGGUAGCUGCCGUUUUCAUGAGUGACAUAUUUAUAUGAGGAUGUAUAUCCUUGAGAUGAAUGUCCUUGACUGGACACGCCAAUAUGCCAUUUUGGUCAUUGAAAACUGUUCUGUAUGGCCAAGGUAUUUUGAAAAGACAGUAUCUGAAAAAUGUUCUCUCCUUGUACUGUUGUAAUCAUUUUUUGUAUGUGUCAUUUAAAGUCUUUUCAAUGAGUAAAUAAGACUAUUUUAUUCA